AUGUUCACAGUCUCCGGGUGAACGGUGUUAUCCUCUCCGCUCAGAGCUGAAGUUGGUCGGCUGUGUGUUCGGGAAAGACUUUCGUCUCUUCCGUCGGGAUCACUGUCUGCGGGCCGAAGAUAUCACUUUCCCAUCGACCUGCAGUGAGAGAUUUAUUGGAAGAAAAACCACGACUGAAGACGAGGGAACAGCAACAAGUGAACCAGCCCGAGGACUGAGAGCACCGACUGGAGAGAACCCAUCUGACUCGGAGAUUCCAGUGAUUCAGUCAGGAGAAAGUUUGCCCUGCCUCACUCAGGCACUUAAAGCGACACUCACAGUAAAAGAACCUGCAGUCUCGUAACACAAUGCACCUCUAAAGUCUGACAGCAGACCAGCGAGUGAAUCUUCGAUGGUGCAGAGUCAAAAACCAAAGUGUUGCCAGCCUGAGUCAGGACUUUGGGUCUCCAGAGAGAGAUGGGGUCUAGAGUUUACCAGGAGGAGGAGGAAUCAGACCAGCAGGAUGUGGCUACAAAAGAAAGGUUAAAACUGAGAAGGAAUUUGUCUCCAGGAAUCUCAAACACGACACAACAGUUUUGUUGUCUCUGUCUAUAUAUUUAAGAAGUGGAGCAAGGGAUUCAAUCGACAAUCCUUCCUGCUCAGACAGUGGGGAGGGAUUCACUCGAUCAUCCUUCCUGCUCAGACUGUGGAGAAGGAUUCAUUUGGUCAUCUAAGCAACUGGCACGCCCGGCAUUUUACACAGGAGAGAGGCUGUUCACCUGCUUAGUCAGUGGGAAUGGAUUCACUCAGUCAUCUCAACUGAAGGAACAUCAACAAGUUCACACUAGUUGAUGUUCCAUUCACCUGUUCUGUGUGUGAAAAAGGAUUCUGCUGGCCAUCCCAACUGUGGACACACCAGUCAGAUCACACUGGGCAGAGGCUGGUCAUCUGCUGAAUUUCAGGGAAGGGAUUCUCUCGGUUAUCUGACUUAAUGGCACACCAACGUGUUCAUACCAGGGGACAGCCAUUCACCUGCUCAGUCUGUGGGAAGGGAUUCACUCAUUCAUCCCGCCUACAGAGUCAUCAGCGAGUUCACACUGGGGAGAAGCCAUUCACCUGCUCAGUCUGUGGGAAGGGAUUCACUCAUUCAUCCAGCCUACAGAGUCAUCAGAGAGUUCACACUGGGGAGAAGCCAUUCACCUGCUCAAUCUGUUGGAAGAGAUUCACUCAGUCAUCCCACCUACACAGUCAUCAGCGAGUUCACACUGGGGAGAAGCCAUUUACCUGCUCAGUCUGUGGGAAGGGAUUCACUCGGUCAUCAAACCUACUGAGUCAUCAGCGAGUUCACACUGGGGAGAAGCCAUUCACCUGCUCAGAAUGUGGGAAGGGAUUCACUCAGUCUUCCCACCUAGAGAGUCAUCAGCGAGUUCACACUGGGGAGAAGCCAUUCACCUGCUUAGUCUGUGGGAAGGGAUUCGCUCAGUCAUCCCAACUACAGAGUCAUCAGCGAGUUCACACUGGGGAGAGGCCAUUCACCUGCACACUGUGCGGGAAGGGAUUCACUAGCUCAUCUAAACUGAAGGUGCAUCAGAGAGUUCACACUGGGGAGAAGCCAUUCACCUGCUCAGUCUGUGGGAAGGGAUUCGCUCAGUCAUCCCAACUACAGAGUCAUCAGCGAGUACACACUGGGGAGAGGCCGUUCACCUGCUCAGAAUGUGGGAAGGGAUUCACUCAGUCAUCCAGCCUACUGAGUCAUCAGCAACUUCACAUUGGGGAGAGGCCAUUCACCUGCUCAGAAUGUGGGAAGGGAUUCAUACUGUCAUUCUACCUACAGAGACACCAGCGAGUUCACACUGGGGAGAGGCCAUUCACCUGCUCAGUCUGUGGGAAGAGAUUCACUCAGUCAUCCCACCUACGGAAUCAUCAGCGAGUUCACACUGGGGAGAAGCCGUUCACCUGCUCAGUCUGUGGGAAGGGAUUCACUCAGUCAUCACAACUAUUGACACACCAGUCAGUUCACAGUGGGGACUGGCCGUUGUUAUGAAUCCCUGGGUUUCAUUUGCUUUGGACUGUCAUUUUUCGAGAGUGAGAUUAAGAAGGUGAAUCAGUCUGACUUGCAGCUUGUUUAGUUUUAACUGAGGACACAGACACUCAGAGUCAGACGGAGACGAAGGAGGAAAAACCGAAGGAUCGAAACCAGGGAACUGGUGGCCAAGGGUCACUUUUUGGAACUUUCCUAUGCCCACAAGGGUGGGCUAAUUAUCGUUCACCGUACAUCGAAUGUGUGGUUGUCACCUCGUUUGAUCCAUAGGAGUGGAUCGGAUUUGGCGCAUCCUGUGGAGACCACUUAUGUGUUAACCCUUGCCUGGCUGUGGUGUGGUAGUUCACUUGAAGAUGAUACACCUUGUGACAAGUCACUUUUGGUGAUAAUUUGUAUGUGGAUUUGGAGAGAUGACGGAUAAAAUCUACAGCAACUGUUCUCUUGUUUUACCACCAUGAAACCUGUGCAAUUCUACAUAUUUGUGUUCUCUCGCCUUUUACCCUGGAUUACAAAUCUCUCUCAUCGCCUAUUCUGUAGUUGAACUGAACUUUCAUACUUCACCAUCUCAAGACUCUAAGCCUUGUUUCCCCCGAGCUCAAUAGUUUGGGAGUUACAUUUACACACAUUUAUAAACUUAACACUGUUAACAUCUGUUUAUCUUGUUUAAGUUGCAAUAUUACAAGUAGAUUCUAAUAAAGAUAGAUUUAACAUCAAAACCAGACUCCAGGUGUAGUCUAUUGCUGUUGGUUUGUUUCUAAAGCAUUAUGGUUCAUAACAAAUUUGGGGCCUGCAUCUGAGAUAUUUACAAAUUUGGGGGCUAUUGAUCGAUUAAUUAUCGAUUUGAUUGGGUAAAUCCCUUUUGAUUUAUUUGUGUGUGGAAAUCAGCAACAAUGGACAUUUAUAAAUUUCUGGAAGCGCCAACCCCUGAGGCAUCAGGAAAAGCAAAAAAGAAUGAAUUGCUGACUGUUGCUAAUGGGCUGAAUCUUAAGCAGGUGAGGGGGUGUGAAGGACCAGGGCAAGCAUAAAACUGGGAGAGGAGGUAAAGGUAAACCAAUAGGGGUUUUAUUAUAAAAUAUAAGCAUCCACCCCCUUUUUCAGAGACUGGGAUCCCUGUUUCUACCGGUAAUAAUGUGCAUUUCAAUGUGUUCACCUCUCAGUCCUCGAUUCUCUAAAUGAAAGGGUUAUCCACAUUUGAUUUUUCUUUAUAUGAUGUCCCAACCAUUUCAGGGAUCAGUCUAUUGAAACUUCAUUGCACUCUCUAUAACAAAUACUCUCUAACCACUUUGUUCAUCCUCUGUGCAAAAAAAUGUCCAUCUUCCGCAGCCCCGUGUUGCCCCAACCACUCACCUCCUACCCCUGUCAUUGGCCCCACUUGCGCGUCAACUGUCCCAAUGUGAAUCUCUCUGCUCACCACCACCAUGGGCUCAGACAUUUCCACAAAUUUCCACCGGGACAAACAUCCUUUCACACCAUCUUUUUCCUUUCAAUAAAAUCCCUCCUCUCCCUCCCCAGGAACUGGCAUCAAACCGACGGACCGAGCGGUCUCCGACCUCUCGGCGACACAUCAGACUCCGGCCGCAGGAGACGCUUCACAAACGCCCCAACAUCCCUUGGAGGGAAAUGGACAUAAAUCAAAAAACGGACAUUUACUCCGCUGUGAUGUGGAGUUUGAGGCCGGAGCGGGAGGCGAAAUCAGUGGGGGUAACGCCCUCUGGACUCCACCUCUGCGACUGGUGGUAACGAGUGAUUGACAUCGCUUUGCACCAAUGGGAAUAGCACAGCCCUUGAAUCCUCUGUUGACAGCGGUGGGGGUGGGCUGGUCACGUGAUUAUUAGCCCAGCUAUUAAUCUGAUAAAGCCCGAGCUCAGCAGAGCAUGGAUGACGUAAGACGCUGCGCACGUAAGGGCAGAUCCCGGUGUGGGAAGCCCAUGCGUGACGUUAGGCACGAGGGGGUUCUGUGUGACGUCACCUGUGGGGAUGCGCUCGCAUUUAAAUGCACCUUAAUGUGCGUUUCUUAUGAUUUCAGAGGGACAACAUUAAUCACGGAUUUCAUUACCGAAUCCAGUGUUGUGAGAUGUAAAGCCCCCUGUAAUGUGUCCGGCAUAUCCCUUUUGAUUUAUUUGUGUGUGGAAAUUAGCAGUCCCCACUGUGAACUGACUGGUGCGCCAGUAGUUGUGAUGGCCGAGUGAAUCCUAUCCCACAGUCUAAGCAGGUGAACGGCUUCUCCCCAGUGUGAAAUCGCUGAUGACUCUGUA